AUGCGCUCCGACGGCAAUGGCAGCAAUGGAGCUGCCAGUACCACCACCGAGCAGCCUCAAAGUUUUCAUCUAAACGCUGCCCCGUCCGUUUCCCACGUGCCCGUCGCCGAUGCGCCGCCGACUUCCGAUUUCACCACUCGCCUACAGAUUCUCUCGACCAAGAUCCCCAGCUGGUACAUUGCUCCAUUUUGUGGAGCCAGCGCUGGCGUUGCCUCGGGAAUUGUCACCUGCCCACUCGAUGUCAUCAAGACCAAGUUACAGGCCCAAGGUGGCUUUACCCGGCGGGGAGCGCAGGAUAUGGAGACAAAGAUCCUGUAUCGGGGAAUGCUAGGUACAGGUAAAACGAUCUUCCGUGAGGAUGGUAUUCGAGGGCUGUAUCAGGGACUCGGCCCCAUGUUGUUGGGCUAUCUUCCCACAUGGGCGGUUUAUCUAGCGGUGUAUGACCGUUCCCGCGAAUACUUCUAUGAACACACCGACAGCUGGCUGCUAUCCCGCGCUUAUGCCUCCAUCGCUGCCGGAGCCUGCUCAACGAUUGUCACCAACCCCAUCUGGGUCAUCAAGACCAGGCUCAUGUCGCAAAGCCUCAAGCAAAAUAGUGAAGGUGUCCGAGCCCCAUGGCAGUACUCCAGCACAUGGGAUGCUGCCCGCAAGAUGUACCAAAUUGAGGGCAUUCGUUCAUUCUAUUCCGGUCUCACACCCGCUCUUUUGGGAUUGACCCACGUCGCUAUUCAAUUCCCUCUCUAUGAAUAUCUGAAGAUGGCAAUUACUGGCUACGGGAUCGGAGAACAUCCUGAUACCGGCAACUCUCACUGGAUCGGCAUUUCCGUCGCCACUUUUUUGAGCAAGAUCUGCGCGAGCACCGUCACCUAUCCCCACGAAGUUCUACGAACACGACUACAAACACAGCAACGCACAGCACCUGCGCCAUCACCCGAAGAAAUCUCCUUCAGAGGUGGCCUUAAACACCCUCAUGAUCGCGGCCGACCACCCAGUGUGUCUUCUUCUGACGGAAUGCCCAAUCGUCCCCGUUACAGUGGAGUCAUCCGCACAUGUCAGACCAUCCUCCGGGAGGAAGGUUGGCGUGCAUUCUAUUCCGGGAUUGGUACCAACUUGUUCCGGGCCGUUCCGUCCGCUAUGACGACCAUGCUCAGCUAUGAGUACCUUCGCAAGCUGAUUCACGAUUAUCAGCAUGAAGGCGAGUUGAAGCUCAAGCUAGCAGAAGCUCAGUCCGCGGGUGAACCGAUAUGA